AUGUACGUAAAAGCCAGACUAGUUCCAACGGCCACACCACCAUUUCCAUUCUUAACCAAUUAAUACCCAAAAAUAAGAAACUGCUCAAUUUCCUAAAAGCUUUGAUUUUUUUUUUUCUCUUUGAAUAAUCUGACAAAAACCCACCUUGGCAGUUUCAAUUUCAAUUUUUUUUUUUUUCAAAUUUAGUUAAAAGAAAAGUCAAAAUCAGAUAGAUACGCCAGCUUCUUCUUUCUGGGAAAAUAUUUUCUGUUUUGGUCAAGGCUCAAAGAAUCUGUGCCCAAAUCGAAAUUUUGUACCUUUUUGAUCUUGGCCGGAAUUAAUGGAGCAAUUCCGGCAUGUAGGUGAGGUUUUGGGAAGUAUGAGAGCUUUAAUGGUGUUAGAGGAUGACAUUCAGAUCAAUCAAAGUCAGUGUCGUUUACUUCUUGAUAUUUACAGUUUAGCUUUUAAAACCAUUGGAGAAGAGAUCAGACAGAAUCUGAAACUUGAAGAAAAGAAUACCAAAUGGAAAGCUCUUGAGCAGCCAUUGAAGGAGCUUCAAAGGGUUUUUAAGGAAGGAGAGGUUUACAUUAGACAGUGUAUGGAUUCAAAAGAUUGGUGGGGUAAAGCUAUGAGCUUUCAUCAGAAUAAAGAUUGUGUUGAACUUCAUGUUCAUAACCUGUUUGUUCAUUUUCCUAUUGUGAUUGAAGCCAUUGAAAAUGCUGGGGAAAUUUCUGGUCUUGAUCAUGAUGAGAUGAAGAAGAGAAGGAUUGCUCUUGUAAAGAAGUAUGAUAAGGAAUGGUGUGAUCCUAAGCUUUUUCAAUGGAGAUUUGGGAAACAGUAUUUGGUACCUAAAGAGAUUUGUAAAAGAUUGGAUUGUGCUUGGAAAGAAGAUAGGUGGAGAUUGAUUGAAGCUCUUAAGGAGAAGAGAAGUUCGAUUUCGAUUUCGUUGACAAAGAAUGAGAUUAAGCUUUCUGAGUUGCUUAUCAAUAAACUGAAUGGUUCAGAGAAUUUUAAAGGGAAACUCUUCCCAAGUUCUGUUUUAUUGGGUGGAAAAGAUUACCAAGUUCGGAGGCGAUUAGGUGGGGGAAAUCAGUUCAAGGAAAUUCAGUGGUUGGGGGAAACUUUUGCUUCAAGGCAUUUCUUUGCUGAUAUUCAACCAUUAGUACCUGAAAUAACUAAUCUUUUAUCACUUUCUCACCCUAAUAUACUCCAAUACCUUUGUGGAUUUUUUGAUGAGGAGAAAAAGGAGUGUUUUCUUGUUAUGGAAUUGAUGAGUAAGGAUUUAUCAUCUUACUUAAAAGAGAAUUCUUGUUCAAGAAGGAGAGCUUUGUUUUCACUCCCAUCUGUUGUUGAUUUAAUGCUUCAGAUUGCUAGAGGAAUGGAAUAUCUACAUUCACAGAAGAUUUAUCAUGGUGAUUUGAACCCUUUUAAUGUAUUUCUCAAGGUGAGGAAUAAUUCAAGUGAAGGUUAUGUUCAAACAAAGGUAUCUGGUUUCGGUUUAUCAUCUGUAUCCAACAAUCCAAGUACUCGAAACUCCUCGCCACCUCGUGAUCCAGUUGACACCUUCAUUUGGCAAGCACCAGAAGUUUUAGCUAAGCAAGAACAGGCAGGUGGGGAUGCUGCUGCUGCUGCUGCUGCUAAGUACACCGAAAAAGCUGAUGUUUAUAGUUUCGGGAUGAUUUGUUUUCAGUUAUUGACAGGGAAAGUACCUUUUGAAGAUGGACAUUUACAAGGAGAUAAGAUGAGUAGAAACAUAAGAGCAGGAGAGAGGCCUCUUUUCCCACACCCUUCACCGAAAUACCUUGUUAACUUAACCAAAAAAUGCUGGCAAACCGAGCCAUCUCACCGUCCAAGCUUCUCAUCGAUUUGCAGGAUUCUACGUUACAUAAAGAAGUAUCUUAUCAUGAACCCAGAUCAAACUUUGCCAGAGCUCCAAUCUCCAUCAGUUGAUUGCUGUGAAUUAGAGACGAGUUUUGUGAGAAAAAUGUCUGCUUUAGAAGGGGGUUGUUCUUCUUCUAACAUGUCCUCAGUAUCCCAAAUCCCAUUUCAAAUGUUUACUUAUAGACUUUUGGAAAAGGAGAAGACUUUCACACCAAGCAAAGACAUUACAAUACCCGAAUCAACAUACGACAUAGGCUCAUUCUUUAGAGACUCAGCUUCAGCCUGCACUAUUGAUUAUCUACCACCUGUGUUGGAAGAUCCUAUUUCAAUCACAGCAGGAAGUGAUACAAGGUCAAUUUGCUCAGAGGCUCCAUUGAAGAGAGCUUCAUCUGUAAAACAAUCUCCUGAAGUUAUGAAGAGUACAAGAAGAAGUUCAGGGAAAGUAAAAUCUCAAACUCCUAAAAAACAAGCACCGUUGACUCGUUCGAGUCGCAGUUUGAAGAUGAAUGAAGAUACUCAGUUGAAGUUGUUAAUGAGGCCUUUGAGACAAGGCAGAGUUAGAAAAUCUGGUCAUGUUUCAGAUUCAGAAAUAAUUCAUUAGCUUUUGUUUACAUACUUUGGUCAUUCAUUGUUAAAGUACAGUUUUUUUCUAGCCUUCUUUUACUGUAAUUUUCUUUCUUUCUUUCUUUAAAAAAGAUUUGCUUUUUUUGUAAUCCUUGAAGAAAAAAAAAAAGUCCCAGGUUUUAGUUUUUUAUGGUAGUGUGUGGAUGAAGUUGUUCCUCCAUUAUAAAGAGUCAUAUACAAACUGUUCUUUGAUCUUCAGAUUUCUUUAUAGGAAAGUCUUUUUCUUUUUUGGUUA